GAGCGCGGCGGCCACGGCGCCGGCGGGGCGGGGGUGAAGGAGGCUCAGUGCGGCCGCCCGGCAGGGCCGCGGCAUGGGGCGGGUGCAGCUCUUCGAGGUCCUCCUGAACCACGGCCGCGUCGUCUACAGCCCGGGGGAACCGCUGGUGGGGGCCGUGCGCGUGCGCCUGGCGGCGCCGCUGCCCUUCCGAGCCAUCCGCGUGACCUGCACGGGGUCCUGCAGGGUCUCCAACAAGGCCAACGACUCGGCCUGGGUGGUGGAGGAGAGCUACUUCAACAGUGCCCUGUCUCUGGCCGACAAGGGGAGCCUGCCUGCUGGAGAGCACAGCUUCCCCUUCCAGUUCCUGCUUCCUGUCCCUGCUCUCUGUCCAGCCACGGCUCCCACGUCCUUCGAGGGCCCUUUUGGGAAGAUUGUACACCAGGUACGGGCCACCAUCGACACACCACGUUUUUCCAAGGAUCACCAGUGCAGCCGCGUCUUCUACAUCUUGAGCCCCCUGAACCUGAACAGCAUCCCAGACAUCGAGCAACCCAAUGUGGCCUCCACCACCAAGAAGUUCUCCUACAAGCUGGUGAAGACGGGCAGCGUGGUCCUCACGGCCAGCACCGACCUCCGAGGCUACGUGGUAGGGCAGGUGCUGAGGCUGCAGGCAGACAUUGAGAACCAGUCAGGCAAGGACACCAGCCCGGUGGUGGCCAGUCUGCUGCAGAAAGUGUCCUACAAGGCCAAGCGCUGGAUUUACGACGUGCGGACCAUCGCCGAGGUGGAGGGAGCCGGCGUCAAGGCCUGGCGGCGGGCUCAGUGGCAGGAGCAGGUUCUGGUGCCCGCCCUGCCUCAGUCUGCCCUGCCGGGCUGUAGCCUCAUCCACGUGGACUACUAUCUGCAGGUCUCCCUGAAACAACCGGAAGCUGUCGUGACGCUCCCAGUCUUCAUCGGCAACAUCGCUGUGAACCACGUCCCACUGAGCCCCCGGCCAGGCCCCGGCCUGGUGGUGCCCUCAGCGCCGCCCCAGGAGGAGGCGGAGGCUGUGGCCAGCGGCCCUCACUUCUUCUCGGAUCCUGUCUCUCUCUCCACCAAGAGCCACUCCCAGCAGCAGCAGCUGCAUGCAGCCCUUGGCUCUGUGCCCCAUGGUGCCCCAGAACCCCGUCCUCAGGAUGGCAGCCCUGCCCCGCACCCUCUGCCACCUCCCUUGUGCAUCUCCACAGGUGCCACCGUGCCCUACUUUGCAGAGGGUUCUGGAGGUCCGGUACCCACCUCCAGCACCCUGAUCCUCCCCCCAGAGUACAGCUCGUGGGGCUACCCCUAUGAGGCCCCGCCGUCCUAUGAGCAGAGCUGUGGUGGUGUGGACCCUGGCUUGACCCCGGGGAGCUGACCCCAUGCCACCUCCUCUCGAUGGGCGGCCCUCUGCCCUGGGACUGGGCUCCCAGGACCUCGUGCCUUCACUCCUGGCCUGGCCCGGCCCACUCAGGACCCGCUGCUGCCCGCUCUUCCUGUGGCCUCUACCUCCGGACCAGCCUCUGCCCCGGCCAGCCUCCUCAGCUCCCCAGCAGUCGGCCUCUCCCAGGGGGUUGGGGCCUAGAGAGAUGCGGUGUAAAUAAAGUGCUUCAUUUGUA